AAGGGCCAUGUUGUCCACAUUCGACGCCAUCAUGGAGCUGGAGCCGCGGCCUUUGAAGAGCGGCAACUUACGGGGCAAAUUCAACGCACGCAGAAAGAGGGAGUUCAUGCCCGAGGAGAAAAAAGACGCCUCUUACUGGGAAAAGAGGCGGAAAAACAACGAGGCGGCCAAGCGUUCGCGCGAGAAGCGACGCUUCAACGACCUCGUGCUGGAGAGCAAAAUGCUGGCGCUCAACGAGGAGAACGCCUGUCUCCGGGCCGAGCUACUCACCUUAAAGAUGAGGUACGGCCUCAUCAGUUCCACGGCCUAUGCCCAGGAAGCCCAGAUCCUGCAAGGCUGCAUGCAGAAGUAUUUCGCGAGGCACAGAGCGAUAGAAAUGGACUCUCACUUUCUGGAACUGGACGCCCCAUUUCUGAGGGACGGCUGUUGCCGCACUCACGCAAGAUACACCUCAGGGAGUGUGUCUGUCGAUCCCACUGAUUCCACUUCCCCACCUACAGGAGUUAGCCAACUUCACGGGAAGUGCACUAGCCCCGCUUCGGUUAGAGUGCAGAAGCAACAGCCUGCAGAUUUUUCUACAGAUGAGUCCACCGCGCAUAAUCCUUCCUUAAAUCCAUUAAUAUAUUCCAGAUACUCGCACCCAUUCAAUGAAGCAUAUCCCUGCUACAGACCUUCAAGUACUUCCCCAAAUGUAACAGAAGCAGACCAUAAAAACAGUAAAAGAGAAUCAGAAGAUGAUGCGGAAGACGAACAACAGGUUCCUAAAAUGCAUCAUUUUUCUCCUGUCGGUAGUUGCAGAUAUGAAUACUCUGCAACGCCCAAAUCAAAUAGUUCUGCUCUUCCUCACAAACUGAGAAUAAAGGCAAAAUCAAUGAUUGCAAAAGAAGAAAAGGAUGAUACAGAAUUUCAUCUUGAGAUGUCAUGGAAGGACCAACCCCGCCUCACAAAGGCUAGAAGUGCCUCAUUGACAGAGAUUAGGGACAUCGAUGUGAAUUACUGUGGAAGUAUGUGCAAUUACAAGGCAGCUUUUAGACCGUUUAUUCCUAUUUGCCAUUCAGUUUAAUUGAAGAAUUUAUUCAUCAUGAUCAAACUUUAAACAGAAUUUGUGUAAUAUAUCUUAAUUCUGUUUUCUUGAAUUCUUUUACUUAAUCAGAAACAGUAUAGUCUCAAAGUUGAAGUUUUUUUUAAGACUGAACAGGCUGAAUAGUCUGCUUCUCCUGUUUCUGCUUAAGUUCUUAAACAUUUGAUUGUAUUGGAGACAAAAGAUGAGUAUAUUGUAUGGGUAGACCUGUCUAAAUUAUACGUAUUAUACAUUUGCUUUGUUUAUACCACAUUGAUAGCAAUAUUGGAAACAAGCAUCUGAGUACAAUUAUAAAUACACUUUAAUUGAAUAGAAUAUGUUUACAUACUUGACGAUAAUGGUGAACAAUGAAGUUGUCAAUUAUGAAGUGGAAUUUCAUAUUGUAGUACUAUUAUUUAAAUAACUUGGUGGUUACAGGUAAUAACCUUUUUGUUGUGGUGCCUGUUUUAUUCUAUAUCAUUUCUGAUUGGAUUAAAUUGAUGUCCAUAAAACAAAAACAAACUAUUAGAAAAGACUGGCAUGCACCCAGUUAGCUUGUGAGGCUUAAAGAGAUAACAUAUUUCUUCUGAAGAUGUUAAAUUCAGUUAAAAUGCAGUUCAGUUUAAGCUUAAUUUAAUUUAAUAGACCUUUCUUUUUAACACUUCUUCACUUAUCAUGGAAGCAAUCAAAACUUGACUUGAACAUGCUGACCCAAGGCUUGAAAUGACUAAAUAUAUCUAAAAAUGAUUUGCUUAUACCUGUGUUAAACUGACGAGUUUGUUUAUCACAAUUAUUAUCAGCAGUAAGUUGUUAGCUUUGAAUUUUGCAAGUACCUUGGCUGAUUUAUGCUGCUCACAAACCUGAACCUGCUGAGUGACAUUGUUCUUUUUCUCAUCUUAUGUUGAGAUUGCUUAAA